CCGCUGUACUUCAUCUCACACCACCUCUAUCCGCCCCGCCGCCGCCUGCCCCCGCAUCUCCCUCCGCAGCGGCGGGGGAGGCGCGGCCGGUGGAGGGCGGAGCAGGUGCCCGGGUGUGCCGAACAGCACCGCCCGCCGCCGGCGCCUCCCCCCGCGAAAGGAGCCGCUUGUGGGGCGCAGAGCGGGAGGGGGCGCAGGGCAGAGCGGCUGCGGUCGCGCAAGAGGAGGAGGAAGAGAAGGAGGAGGAGAAGGAGGAGGAGGAGGGAGAAAAGGAGGAGGCGGCGGCGGGACGGAGGCAGGCGGCCGGGCCAUGCUGGAGGCGCGGCGGCACCUGGCGGGCGCACAGUGCCGGUGGGCGGCGGGGCAGCCUCCGAGCUGCUGCUAGGGCGGCGGCAGCGGGAGCCGCACAGAGCUGGGAGAGACCUUCUUCGCUUAGCUUCGCUUCGCCCCACCUCGCCUCGCCGGGCGAAGGAGCAGCCGCCAGUCGCCCGCCCGCUUUCCUGCUUCCUUCGGUAGAGGCGGCGCGGCCGCAGGAGGAGAGGACCAUGAGCCGCCCGGUGCUGGCAUGGCUGGUGCUCUGCGGGAGCCUGGCGGCGCCGCGCCUCGCCCGAGGGGAUGUAUGUGACUCCAACCCAUGCAAAAAUGGUGGCAUCUGUCUUUCGGGGCUCAAUGAUGACUUCUACUCAUGCGAAUGUCCUGAAGGCUUCACAGACCCAAAUUGCUCUAGUGUUGUGGAGGUUGGACCCUGCCUUCCUAAUCCGUGUCAUAAUGGUGGGAUAUGUGAAAUUAGUGAAGCGUACCGAGGCGACACAUUCAUAGGAUAUGUUUGUAAAUGUCCAGAGGGAUUUAACGGGAUUCACUGCCAGCACAAUGUAAAUGAAUGUGAAGCUGAACCCUGCAAGAAUGGUGGAAUCUGUACAGAUCUCGUUGCCAACUAUUCCUGUGAAUGUCCAGGUGAAUUUAUGGGAAGAAACUGCCAACAGAGAUGCUCUGGCCCGUUAGGGAUAGAAGGAGGAAUUGUGUCAAACCAACAAAUUACUGCAUCAUCCACUCAUCGAGCUCUUUUUGGACUCCAGAAAUGGUAUCCAUACUAUGCACGGCUUAAUAAGAAGGGUCUUGUGAAUGCUUGGACUGCUGCGGAAAAUGACAGAUGGCCAUGGAUUCAGAUAAACCUGCAGAAGAAGAUGCGCGUCACUGGAGUUAUAACUCAAGGUGCCAAGAGGAUUGGAAGUCCAGAAUAUGUAAAAUCUUACAAAAUUGCAUACAGUAAUGAUGGGAAAUCAUGGACGAUGUACAAAGUAAAAGGCACAAAUGAAGAUAUGGUGUUCCGUGGAAAUGUGGACAAUAACACCCCAUAUGCUAACUCCUUCACCCCUCCAAUCAAGUCUCAGUACAUACGGCUGUAUCCUCAGGUGUGCAGAAGACACUGCACAUUGAGAAUGGAACUUCUUGGCUGUGAACUGUCAGGAUGCUCUGAACCCCUGGGGAUGAAAUCAGGACAUAUACAGGACUACCAAAUUACUGCCUCCAGUGUUUUCCGUACACUCAACAUGGAUAUGUUUGCUUGGGAGCCCAGGAAAGCCCGGCUGGACAAGCAAGGCAAAGUUAAUGCCUGGACCUCUGGACACAAUGACCAGUCACAGUGGUUGCAGGUGGAUCUGCUUGUCCCUACAAAGAUCACUGGUAUCAUUACCCAAGGAGCUAAAGAUUUUGGUCAUGUCCAGUUUGUGGGGUCCUACAAGCUUGCUUACAGUAAUGAUGGAGAGCACUGGAUCAUAUACCAAGAUGAAAAACAAAAGAAGGAUAAGGUUUUCCAGGGGAAUUUUGACAAUGACACUCACCGCAAGAACGUCAUCGACCCUCCAAUCUACGCCCGGCACAUCCGCAUCCUCCCGUGGUCGUGGUACGGCAGGAUCACCCUGCGGUCGGAGCUGCUGGGCUGUGCUGCGGAGGACUGAGACAGGUCUCCGUUAGACAUCGCAGCUGUCGGUGUAGCUGAAAGUCUCUCUGUAGAAGAAACUGUGCAAAGCCUGUAGGAUGCUGAGUGGGUUUUUCAUGAACAAGUGCUCAUCUUAUGGUAGGCCGCUAACUGUCUUUCACAAGGAGGUCUAAGCCUGCCCUUUAAGUGAUCCAAUCCGAUUUUGUCCUUGAAACCUGUUAGUGUUGUCCCUUCUGCUGUGGAAUUAUCUUUCUAGUUUUCCUCUGAGUCGUUCACACUAGUUGAAACGUGUUAGGGAAAAAAAAUACAGCAGCGUCCUUUUUACAAGGGAAGAGAAAUAGCAUGACAAAGCUCAUUUGCAGCUUUAGAAACAUUGGGCUGACGAGUUCUUCAUAAAUCAUAUUGUCAUCUUACUUGCAAAAAGUGAUACUGCAGCUUUUAGCAAUAAGUUUACUUGGGGAUGACUGCAUUAUAGUAAUUGUGCCUAUCAAACACUGUCAGUAUUUAUGACAUAUAUUUUGGAAGAUAUUUUGUGGUACUGUAAAACACAGUACCUGUGAUAUUACAAGCUACCUUUCAUCACUUUCAUUUGAAAAGCAAAGUCCAUGCACCUAAAGGGUUUUCCUAACUAACCCUUUUCCUCCUCUAUUUUGCAUGCUAGAGACAUGACCUCCAGCGUUUCUGUUUAGUGUCACCACUGAUGUUGUUUUCUUUGAAAGAGGCUACUUGUUUGCAUACAGAACAAAUUCUGUUAUUGGAAUAUUAUGAAAUUAAUGAAUUUGCAAAAGUCUAUUAUUUCUGCUUGAGAUGCUCUUUUUCAGAGAGGCUGAGAUGAGACACCACUUGUGUGCCACGCUUCUGGUACCUCAUCUUAAGUACACACAUAAGUAAAAGGCACACAGUGCCCGUUUUCGUGAAUUGCCCAGCCCUAGAUGGAGCUUCCUGCCCAAUUCAUUCAGAAACACCUUGAAUUUCUGUGAAGUGGUGAAUGUGGGAUGAAAGAAUCAGGUGCUAAAAGACAGGAGGAAUGACUCCCUUACUGCCAGAUACCCCCUCAACAGGCGCUUCAUAUGGUUGUGUUUGCAGCCUUCAUCCCGGGCAUGAAGACAAGAAGUGUUGCAGGAGUUCACCAAAGCUGGGUCCUUGGCACCCUAACAAUCCCAACUGUGUCUUUAUAGACAUUUGUCAAUGAGCCACAAGGAGUCUGCCUUUUAUCUUGCCACAUCUUCAUGCUAUGUUGUUCAUACAUGCUGUGUUGUUUUAACUUGAUAGCCAGUGUGGACCCCAGUUUAACAGCUAGGUUUUAAGAGGAAAAGUGAAGCAGCAGGGGUGACAUUCUCCCCUGUGCCUCAGUUUCCCCUGAUGAUGGAGGUAAUGAUGUCAGCCUUUGUAGAGUACUCUGAGUUUCCUCAAAAUAAAGUGGUCUAUGACUAUGUUAGAGUAGCACCUAAGUCUAAAAAACUCCUUGGACAAGGAGCAAGGGGCCGAUUUAUUUGUUACCUGAAAAAAACAGCUGCUAGGAUUGCUGUUGCCCUUUUAAUUUCACAACAUGCUGGUGUGGAGAGCGAUAGAUAGACAGGUAGAUGGAUAGAUAGAAAUACAGCUGCAUGUUCUAGCAAAUGCCACUUAUUUUUUGUCUCGGUUACAAUCUCACCAAAAUACUAAAGUAUGAACCUGGGAGCUGCUUCCCAGGCAAACUGCUAGUUGGCCCACAGUCUGCAAAGGGCAAGGUUUACUUUGGAAACAAAACGGUUUGGAUUUCAAAGACCUGCAUUUAAUCACACAUUCUCCACCACAGACAAAAUAUAUUAUCCACUGAACUGUGAAAGACUCUAGAAUAGCAGCCAGGAAUUUUACAUGCAAGAAUUGGGGAUAUAUUGGUGGCGGUUUUCUGAUAGUGUCACUUAAACUGUCACAUUUUAACAAACAGAACACCCUGCCUCUAUAAAAUGACUUAAUCCUUAAACUGUAUUUAUACAAGUAUUUAUUUUAUAAGGCUUAGACAUUUAAAAACUUCUAAAAAAAAAAGAGUCUUGUAAAGGUAAAAGUAUGUGUAAGAAAUGUUGAGGUCCUGUGCAACACUGCUAACUUUGUUCUUUAUUUUUUACUUUGUGCUGCAUAACAAAAGCCACUAGACUGUUACUGUCUUGUCUGUAACUGUGUUAACAGCAUUCCUUAAUGAUGUAUAUAUAGAGUGGUCUUCAAGCAUAGUGAGUGAUUUUAAAGAGAAAGUCAAUCAUGAUAGUACUUCUGAAGAGCAAAAAACAUCUGAAUAAUGGAGGACAAGUAUUCAUAAAUUGCCCACUACCCAUGUUAUGCCCUUUAGGCUCUAGGGAGAGGAAGGAAAAAAGGAAAAAAAAAAAAAAAAA